AUGACCAGCGGCCAAUGUUAUCAAGUCUCCUUUGAUGCAGCUAGUGCAGCACAUGACACCAUUUUAAUUACCAAUAUUGAUUUAAUAGAUAUCAAUGGAAACAUUAUUCAAACUCAAUGGAUUGGUGAAAUUGAUCCAAAAGUGCAAAUGUACACACCAUACUUCAAUUUGAAUCUUGGUAUAGUUCCUGUUACUGGCUACUAUGCAUUCCAACUUACUGCGUCAGUUGAUGGGCAGACUUGUAUUCUAAAUAGUGUCGUAUUUGAAGGAAUUUAUAAUUCCAAUAGUUCUGUAACGAAAUGUCCUUGA